AUGUUAAUGCCGAUGCAAGCGCUGGGAGCCCCGGAUUUCAAUUGGCUUUAUAUAUGGAAGAAGUUCGGCGACAGAGUUGAUGAUGACUGCCUCUUCGCUGCUUCUUAUAACCUCGAUCUUGAAAUGGCUUGCCCCGCAAUCUGGCCUGCUGUCAGAUGGGCCCCUCACCAUAAAGACCCGGUUCUCCUCCGCCGCGCCCUCGGCGAACAGGCGUUUCACACCAAAAAUGGAGCACGGUCUCUUCAGGCCUGCUCCGGAUCAGCGGCGUCCAUAGAGCUACAGAAACAAGCUGCCCUGCGCCGAGCAGCCACUGCACAGCGCCUGCGCGAGGAACGCGGCCUUACCGGUACGCGCAUGCGCCACCGCCGUGACUUAGUAGACGUCGAGAAAUUAAUGCAAGUCUCCCACGACCGCACCUCCUCCCACGACUUCACCCCCUCCACCCCCCCCCUCCGAAGCGCCACGGGCCCCUACUUCAUCGCGCAAGAGCUCCUCCGCACCAACAUCGCCGAGGACCAACCCGGCGUCCCCAUCUACCUCGACUGGCAGUUCAUCGACGUCUCCACCUGUGGCCCCGCCGACCUAAUCGUCGACACCUGGUCCGCCAACUCCACAAAGAUCUACGUGAAAUAA